AUGAGCUGCCUGGUCUAUCCACAGUCACCUCCAGAUUCCGUUUAUGAUGACGAUGAUGAUGCUGAUGCCAAUGCCGAGGAAGAAGGAAGGGAUGAGGAGUCGCUUAUCUCUUUUUAUAGAGCCGCAACGGAAAUACCUGAGGUAGCUGCUUGGUGA